CCUCAGCGGCCGAGCCUCCCGGCGCCGCCGCGCCCCCUCACCUGCCCGCCCGGGACCUAGGCAACCGACUCAAGAAGAUGAAGCCUAAUAAAGGAAAGACCUGCACUAGGGAGAGAGACUACGUGUACAAAUUCAAUGCUGGAAACCAAUGUUUAGUGCUUACCGUGCCUCUCAAAUUCCCUGUGCAAGAGAAUGUUAGUCAUUUGCAUGGGCGUCUAAUGCUUCUGCACAAUCUGCCAUGCUUCAUAGAAAAUGACCUGAAGCAAUCUCUUAAUAAGUUCAUAGAAGAAGAAACUAUAAAAGAUUAUGAUAGAGAAGCUGAAAUGGCUCUGGAAGCAGUGAAAUCAGGAAAAGUAGACAUAAACCAGCUGGCAGAUACUUGGGCUAAAGCUUAUAAAGAGACAAUGUUAGAAUAUGCAAAACCUGAAGAAACCAGCUGGGAUGAAGACUUUGCAGAUGUUUAUCAUGAUCUGAUACAUUCUCCAGCUUCUGAAAUGCUGUUAAACCUGGAACACAAUUAUUUUGUUAGUAUUUCAGAAUUAAUAAGUGAAAGAGACGUGGAACUGAAAAAACUACGGGAAAGACAAGGAGCUGAAAUGGAUAAGGUGAUGCAGGAGCUGGGGAAAUCACUAACAGACCAAGAUGUAAAUUCAUUAGCGGCUCAGCAUUUUGAAUCUCAGCAGGAUUUGGAGAACAAAUGGACCAAUGAAUUAAAACAGUCUACUGCUAUCCAGAAGCAGGAAUAUCAGGAAUGGGUGAUAAAGCUUCAUCAGGACCUAAAGAAUCCGAACAACAGCUCAAUCAGUGAUGAAAUUAAGGUUCAGCCCAGUCAACUGAGAGAAUCUGGAGAAGGAAAUGGAAGAAUUUAUGAAGAGCAAAGGCUGUUAGAAGAAAGUUUUACUAUUCACUUGGGAGCUCAGCUGAAGACCAUGCAUAACUUGAGACUACUGAGAGCCGAUAUGCUGGACUUCUGUAAACAUAAGCGUAAUCAUCGAAGUGGAGUAAAACUUCACAGACUUCAAACCGCAAUGUCUCUCUAUUCAACUUCUCUCUGUGGCCUGGUUUUAUUGGUAGAUAACCGUAUCAGUUCAUAUAGCGGCAUCAAAAGAGAUUUUGCAACUGUUUGCCAAGAAUGCACGGAUUUCCAUUUUCCUGGAAUUCAAGAACAGCUUGAAAUUGUCCAGAAGGUUGUACUUAAGGCCAGAGCACAUCGUAGCAAAAACAAAAGUAGUGGAAAUGAAGAUAAAUUAAAGAAUAUUGAACGAAACCAGUCAAAUAUUUUGCCAGGAGAAUUCUACAUCACACGCCAUUCAAAUCUUUCUGAAAUUCAUGUUGCUUUUCACCUCUGUGUGGAUGAUAACGUAAGGUCCGGUAACAUAACUGCUCGGGAUCCUGCAAUCAUGGGACUCAGAAACAUUCUCAAAGUUUGCUGCACACAUGACAUUACUACCAUUAGUAUUCCUCUCCUAUUGGUGCACGAUAUGUCAGAAGAAAUGACCAUUCCAUGGUGCUUGAAGAGGGCAGAGCUUGUAUUCAAGUGUGUCAAAGGUUUCAUGAUGGAAAUGGCCUCGUGGGAUGGAGGAAUUUCUCGGACAGUGCAAUUCUUGGUACCACAGUAUCUUCUGAGGAUGCUAAAAUUUCAAACUGGGAAGUUCACCUUUACAAACAGUGAAUACAUCACCUUUGAAAGAGAUGCUUCUUUGCUAUUAUUUACUCUGAAGAGAUGGGCUAACCUUGCAUUACACAAUUUCUGAGGAAAUGUUUUACCAACUGAGUAAUAUGCUU